CUUUGUACGGCCAGGCAAUUAUACCCUCCUACUAAAACUUUCGUCAAUUAAACCUCCAAAGUAUGUUAUUUUCUCCAAAUCCUCUUUUCAACAGAUUAACUCCCGGUUUCCCUUUGGAGUGCUGACCUGGCGUCUACGUGGAAGUAAGGUAAGGUUUUUAAAUACACUGAACUAACACCUUCGUCCUCUUUAUUCCUACCAACAACCAAUCUAGGUUAGAACUGAUUUAUUACCCAUCUUUCAAUGUCAUCUUCAUCUGCUUCAACGGCGAGUAAAGGACAAAGGUCUACCCUCGAGUAUGAGCCGGCCGUGUAUUGCUUUUGCGGAUUGAAAGCUCCGCUUUGUGUUGGGCGGGACAGUGGCAGAAGCUUUUAUGGGUGCCAGAAAUGGAAGGGUCAUGGGUGUGAUUUUUUUGAAUGGCAGGAUGCUAUACCAACAAAACCUAUACGUAGGGGUGAAGACAUGAUGAUACGAAACACUGAUGAAUUGAAGGUUUUAAUUUCAGGGCUUGUUGACCAUCAUCGUGCUUUGGAACAUAAAGUUUGUUGCCUUACAUGCAACAGUUAUUGAAAACAAGGAAAAGAGUCCAAAAUGUUCAGACAAAUGUGUGGUUUAACUAUGAUGGUUGGAGUGGUAAUUGUGGGAGUCAUGUAUAUGUGGACUCACAAACAUAACUGCAUGUAACUGUAGUGGGUUUUCCUUGUGAUGGUAUGAAUGUGAUAAUAGUAGGUUUCCU